CGCGUCUAGCCAGCUCGAAGUGCCACGACUUCACAGACCACGGAUUCUCCAGCGGAGUGAGGGGGACAGCACUGGGAAAAAGCUAGUUAGCUAGAUAAAUAGGUUGCUUUGCAGAGUGGUCUCUUCACAAGUUACAACUUGAAGCGUUUUGCCCUCUCUCCAUUCCCUUUGAAGCCAGCAGGCGUAGCUACAUCUCCAGCGAGGUCAACUGAAAUUUCCAAAUGGAUAUCUACGACCCCCAAACCCUUGGGAUAAUGGUGUUUGGUGGAUUCAUGGUGAUCUCUGCACUUGGGAUCGUUCUUGUUUCCACCUUCUCCAUGAAGGAAACCUCCUAUGAGGAGGCCCUGGCUAAACAACGCAGUGAGUCAGGUAAAAUUCAGCCUACUCGCUCUGACAAAAAGAAGAAGGACAAAGUGGCCGAGAAGAAGGGCCGUGGAAAGAAGAAGGAAGAAAAGCCCAAUGGAAAGAUCCCAGAGCCUGAGAUAAUUGAAGAGGAAGUCAUUGAGCCUGCUGAUGCCCCAGUUGAAGCUGCUGCCCCAGUUGAAGCUGCUGAACCUGAACCUGUCCCUGCUGUUGAGGUUAAGCCCACUGCAGCCCCUGCCCCAGCAGAAGCCCCGCCGACACCUGCUGCCGAACCAACUCCUGCUAUUUCUGAGCCCUCCCCUGCACCCUCACCGAAAGAGAAGAAGAAGAAGAAGGUGACGAAGGUCGGGCCAGCCUCUACCAAAACAGUCGUGGCUGCCCCCGCACCCGUCACAUCCUCCGCAGCCCCUGUGUCUGCCCUGACUAAAGCGUCUGCCCCUGCGCCAGCCAAAGCUGCUGCAGCCCCAGCCAAGACUACACCUGCUCUGACCAAGACUACACCUGCUCUGACCAAGACUACACCUGCUCCGACCAAGACUGCACCUGCUCCGACCAAGACUGCACCUGCUCCGACCAAGACUGCACCUGCUCCGACCAAGACUGCACCUGCUCCGACCAAGACUGCCCCUGCUCCGACCAAGACUACCCCCGUGCUGGAAGCUGUCACUAAAGACGUCCCUGUAAUGGCGGUGCCCCCAGUGGGAUCUCAGCCAGCAAAAGGACAGAAGAAGGCCUCCAAGAAAAAGGCUGAGCCUGUGGCAGUGAUGGAUUCCCCUGAUGCUCCUCUGUACCUGCCCUACAAGGCCCUGGUUUCCACCAUCAGCAGCAUGGUGUUCAGCGAAGGAGAGGCCCACAGGCUCAUCGAGAUCCUGUCCGAGAAAGUUGGCAUCAUUCAAGACGCAUGGCACACGGCCUCUCAGAAAGGUGACCCAGUGGCCAUGCUGAAGAAGCAAGUCGAGGAGAGAGAGAAACAGCUGGCGGCAGAACAAGAGGAUGCUACUGCAUCAAAGAAUCGUCUCAGAGAACUCACCAAGGAGCUGUCUGCUGAGAAGUCAAAGGUGGCCAGUGUGGAGACCAGGCUGAGUUCCCAGCUGAGUAAGAGGGAGCAGGAAAUGAUUGCUCUGCAGGCCCGCAUGCAGGCCAGUUACCAGGACCAUGUCGCGCAGACCCAGGACCUCAAUGGAAAGAUCGUCAGCCUGCAGGACCAGUUAGAAAAAGGCCCCAAUGCCCAGCUGGUCCGUCUGCAGCAGGAGAACUCCAUCCUGCGUGAUGCCCUCAACCAAGCCACUAGUCAGGCCGAGAGCAAGCAAAAUGCGGAGCUUGCCAAGCUGCGUCAGGAAUGCACCAAGUUAACCAAGGACCUCGGAGAGAAGACGGGGAGUCUGCUUGCUGAUGAGCACCUCAAGAAAGGGCUGGAGGCCAAGGUCUCCGCUACUGAGAAGCAGCUCUCCCUGAUGCAGGCCAGCUAUGCGGAAAAAGAGCAGGCGUCCCACAGGAGGAUUGAAGAGGUGUGUGAGGAGCUCAGAGCAGCACAGGGGGCAAACAACAGCCUGCAGGCCACUUUGGACAAUGCCCAGCAGGACAGCAGCUCAUCAUCAGACUUCCAGGUGCGUAUUGGGAGUUUGGAGACUGAGAUCAGUGAGCGCUCCGCUCAGGUGGACGCCCUCACUGCCCAGCUAGAGGAGACACAGGCAGAGAAAAGCCAGCUUGUACAGCAGGUGGCCACCAUCAACUCCCUGCUGGAGGCCAAUCAGACCAAACAGGAGGAGGAUAACAAUCAGGUAGGACAAACUCUGCAAGUUAGAGAAUGGCCUCACGCUUUUACCGCACAGCCACCCUUAACAAUUUGUAUUUGUCUGAUUCGACAGGUGGAUGCUGCAGAAGUGGAACAGCUCAAGCUCAGCCUUCAGGAGAGAGACAACCAGUUGAACACACUUCACGAAGAACUGAAGCAGCUGCAGAUGAAGCAGGAAGCUGCUGAGAACACUAUUGUGGAUCUUGAGCAAAAAAAUAAGAGUGAUGACCUCGGCCUUAUUACAUCACUUCAGGAAGAACUUAAAAACCUCAAAGAAGAGAUGGCGCAACCUAACAAAGCACCACAGUCUGAUAGCUCCCCAGAGCUGGAACAACUACAGAACAGCCUGACUGAGAAGGAGGCCCUUGUCACUUCGCUACAAGAGGAGCUGAGAGAAGCGAGAGAGAAGACAACCAAUGAUGCACAGAGCGUUGCAGCAGAACUGACAGCUUUCCAAACGGAAACCAAAGGAACUCUCCAGACACUCUUCCCACAUAUACCCAUAGAGACAGAGCAGUCAAACUGGUUACAAGUAUAUACACAGAAAGCUCAGGAGGCACUCAGCCAGCAGAGCCAGGAGCCUCAGUCGAGCACAGAGCUGCCUGAGCUGCUUGAGAAACUGAAGGAGGCUGAGGAGAGCCAUGGUGUCCUGCAGGCUGAAUGUGAACAGUACAGGAUCGUCCUGGGUGAAACUGAAAGAAUGCUGAAACUUCUGCAGAAUAGUGUGGAGGAAGGAGAGCUGGUAUGGAGGUCAAAGAUGGCUAACACGGAGGAGCAGCUCAGAGAGGCUUUAGAGAAAAUCAGCGGGCUGGAUGCAGAAUACCAAAGUGUAGAACAGUUGAAGGAGCAGAUGAUGCUUCUUGAAGCCCAGCUGGAGAAGCAGUCAGAAAACCAGACGACCUCAGAAGAGACGGAGCCGCUGACACUGCAGCUGUCGGAGAGUCAGAAGCAGCUGGAUGUGGCCCAGAAGGAGGCCCAGGCACACAAGGAGGAGCUCGCACAGGUCAGAGAGCAGCUGGGCGAGAUCACGAUGCGGGCUCAGCAAGAGCAGAAUGGCCCAUUUGAGGCUCAACCAAGUCAGUUCCAAAAUAAGUUGAGUCAGACGACGGAGAAGUUGCAGGAGGAGGUGUCUCACAGACAGCAACUUUCAGAGGAGUUUGAGCAGGCUCAGAAGACUAUAACAGACCUUCAGGCUCAGUUGGAUCUUCUGAAUGUUUCUGCUGAGUCACCAGAAUCUGACACAGAAGAUGUUGCACAGCUCACGGAGCGCCUGGAGAAAGAGAAAAAGCUGUCCAAAGACCUCGGCCAGGCAGCCACCAAGCUCCAGCAGCUUCUCAAGGCCACUCAGGAGCAGCUGACCAAAGAGAGAGAAACCGUGAGAACACUACAGGAGCACCUGGAAGACAAGGUGGAGACACCUGAAGUGGGAGAAUACGUGGAGCUGAAGGAAGGAACUUCUGUCUGAAAAGGAAGUUCACUGCAGACACUACAAAAAAAACCUGCCAAAUAAGCCUUAUGAUUACCAUAGUUAUGCAUUCCAAAACUAUUACUUUCUUGUACUGUAGUUGAUUGCAUUUGUUGCAACUGUAGGAAUCAAGUGUUUGAUAUUAUGAAAAUUUCAAAGUAAGAUUAGAGGAGAUGAUCCUGCUACGAUCUUUAUUGAAACCCACAUUCGAUCAAGAGAUUCUGGCUAUGUCAGAAGUUAUUUAUCCCUCUGCCUUAUAUUCCAGACAUUUACCCAUAGUUCAGUGUUAAAAAGGGAAACCGAUUGUACGUCAAACGUACAUCAACCUGUGCAAUUACUUUGUAUGUCUUUUCUAUGUGGUUGAAUGAUGAGAACAUUUUAUGGUUCAAUGUUUCAUUCACUUUAGAGCCUGCUUUCUUCUUAACUGGCUGCCAAUUACACACAAUUUGUAUGAAUGAAUAAACUACAAUGUAGCUCUAUUUCCCGUUCAGUGUCUGUGCAAUGAGUGCAGGCAGUAGGCCUACGCAAAGUUAAAGUUGGUUAUUGUGUGUUAUAUUUGGACAAAGCUUCAGAUCUGGUGUGCAUUGAACUGUUACAUCUGCAAAUACAGUAGCCUAGAUCGCCCCAUGAUACUUAAAACAGACUGUCAUUUUAAAUUGUAAACAAUCCUGCCAGGUUAAAAAAAGGCUGUAGCCUAUCCGGAAGAGGUUGAUAGGAAGUAUGACAACGCAGCAACAUCGCAUCAUACAGACACAUGAAGGUCAUAAACUAACCAGAGUAGCCCCAAUCAAUCUCUAUAGGCCUAUCCUUCAAUAACAAGAAUUACUUUUUUUUUUAAAGGCCGUUUUAAAAAUGCGUCAUUUCCUAAAGCUUACCGACAAGGAAGUAUAUAACUAGGUGGAGUUAUGUUUGCGGGUCUCUUCAACAACCAUGUAUGGCUUUGUUUCUGCACAAUGUUUUGUCAUCCUCCCGCCCAUCACACACAAGCGUAAUUUUCGGACAAAUAUCAGGAAGAUUUUUAAUACGGAAACGAGCGUGUGUAAGGCGGAUGUGGUGUUCGUCGACAGCGGGAACUACCUUCCUCAGGAUGCCACUGCAAACAGGUUUCCCUCAAUUUGGCUUGA